GCGGCGGCGGCGGUCCCGGCGCGGCCUCGCUCCCAGCGCGGCGGCGGCCACAGGUCCUCGGGGCAUGCGGCGGCGGUAGGACGCGCGGCGGCAAUGGGCGGCCGGGGGCUGCCGGUGCCGCUGGCGCUGGUGCUGCCGCUGCUGCUGGGGCUACCGGCGGCGGGGCGCGCCGCCUCUAAGGCGCUGGUGUGCCAGGAGAUCACCGUGCCGAUGUGCAAGGGCAUCGGCUACAACCUCACCUACAUGCCCAACCAGUUCAACCACGACACACAGGAUGAGGCCGGGCUGGAGGUGCACCAGUUCUGGCCGCUGGUGGAGAUUCAGUGCUCCCCGGACCUGCGCUUCUUCCUCUGCAGCAUGUAUACCCCCAUCUGCCUGCCCGACUACACCAAGCCGCUGCCCCCGUGUCGCUCCGUCUGCGAGCGGGCCAAGGCCGGCUGUUCGCCCAUCAUGCAGCAGUACGGCUUCGCCUGGCCCGAGAGGAUGAGCUGCGACAGGCUGCCGGUGCUGGGGGACACCGAGGUGCUCUGCAUGGGAUACAACCGCACGGAAGUCACCACCCUGCCGCCUUUCUUCGGGAAACCCACACGCCCGGCCAAGGACGCAGCCAAAAACCUGACGCCACUCGAUGGGCAGCGCCCCUCAGGACUGGACUGUGGCCGGACUUGCAAGUGCAAAGCGCCCCUGAUCCCCAUCUCCAAGGAAUCCCAUCCGCUGUACAACCGCAUCAGGACUGGGCAGGUACCCAACUGUGCCAUCCCCUGCUACCAGCCCUACUUUACUCAAGAUGAGAAGACCUUUGCUACCUUUUGGAUUGGUCUCUGGUCUAUCCUCUGCUUCCUCUCCACCUCAACCACUGUGGCCACCUUCCUCAUCGACAUGGAGCGCUUCAAGUACCCUGAGCGCCCCAUCAUCUUUCUCUCCGCUUGCUAUCUGUUUGUCUCCAUGGGCUACAUUGUGCGGUUGGUGGCAGGCCAUGCCAACGUGGCUUGCAACUCAGAACACCACCACAUCCACUAUGAGACCACAGGCCCUGCCCUCUGCACCAUAGUUUUUCUUCUCCUCUACUUCUUUGGCAUGGCCAGCUCCAUCUGGUGGGUCAUCCUGUCCCUCACCUGGUUUCUGGCUGCUGGUAUGAAGUGGGGCAAUGAGGCCAUUGCUAGCUAUGCUCAGUACUUCCACUUGGCUGCCUGGCUCAUCCCCAGUGCCAAAUCCAUUGCUGUACUGGCGCUCAGUUCUGUGGAUGGUGACCCAGUGGCUGGGGUUUGCUAUGUGGGCAACCAGAGCCUGGAGAACCUGAGGGGCUUUGUGCUGGCACCACUUGUGGUUUAUCUCUUCACUGGCAGCCUCUUUCUGCUGGCUGGCUUCAUCUCGCUCUUUCGCAUUCGCAGUGUGAUCAAGCAGGGCGGCACCAAGACUGACAAGCUGGAGAAGCUCAUGAUCCGCAUUGGCAUCUUCACUGUGCUCUACACUGUGCCUGCCACCAUCGUUAUCGCCUGCUACAUCUACGAGCAGCACAACCGGGAGGCAUGGGAGCAGGCGCAGAACUGUUCCUGCCCAGGGGACUCCCACCACCCCAAGCCCGACUAUGCUGUCUUCAUGCUCAAGUACUUCAUGUGCCUUGUGGUGGGCAUCACUUCUGGUGUCUGGAUCUGGUCUGGCAAGACACUUGAGUCCUGGAGACGCUUCACAGCCCACUGCUGCCGGGCCAGGAAACCUGCAGGUGCCUCUAUGUAUGGUGAGGCCAGCCCAGCACUGGCGGGCAGGAUGGUGCUGCCCAGCAUGGCCUCCUACCACAAGCAGGUCCCACUGUCCCAUGUGUGACCAGAGGGAACCUCAGUGACCCCAGCCACAGGGAGGAUAGGGUUGCAAAGACCCUGGGCCAUGGAAGGGGGGUUGGCCACUGAGUCAUCCCCAGCAUCCUCAGCUCCACCAUGGCGGUGCUACCUGGGACCAAGGUUGUGCACCUGUGGGGCACAGGGCAGCCACAGCUCCAGGCAAGGCAGGGAGACAUGCUGCCAGCAAUGCAGGGCUAGAGGGAAAGGGAGGCCUGGAGCCUGAUGCCACCAUGUAUGCCCCAUUUGGGUUCCCGUGCCCUGGUUGAGGUCCUGAUUUGCCUCUAUUUGCAGGCCAGUCAGGUGGCAGAUAGCCUUCAAGUGCUGAUUUGUGUUCUACAGUGAGCCUCUGGGUAGGGCUUACUGGUGCUGGGUUGAAGGGGUGAGUUGCAGCAGGUAGGGUGGGUGGUGG